UCGGGAAAGACGAGAUGGCCCCCCAAAGUGGAAUGACUUCCCUGGACUUCUACUUCUGCCUCUUUGGAGGCGCCGUUGCCCUUUGGAUGCUCCUGAGAGCCUCCUGGUUCGUUUGGUUCAAGGUCCGGGUCCACAUUCUCUCCGAGUAUUGGAAAGCGGUGGACUUCUCCCAUUACGGCACCUGGGCAGUGGUCACUGGCGCUACGUCCGGCAUUGGAAAAUGUUAUGCCCAUGAGCUUGCCAAGAAAGGUCUCGAUGUCGUCCUGGUCAGCCGCUCCAUGGAAAAGCUGAAGCAAGUGGCUGAUGAAAUUGAGCAACUCUACGGCCGGAGCACCAAAGUGAUCCAGGCAAAUUUCACCGGAGGCUCCGAAAUCUACGAAUCCAUCCAAGAAGCUCUGCAAGGCUUGGAGAUUGGCGUUUUGGUGAACAACGUUGGCAUGACCCAUACGAGGCCGUCAGAGUUCCUGCAGACCCCUGACCUCAAGAAGUACAUUGGCAACUUGGUGAACUGCAACAUCCUUUCGACCGUGAAGAUGACAGAAGCCAUCCUUCCUCAAAUGGUUGCCAGGAAGAAGGGGAUCAUCAUCAACAUCUGCUCUGGAUCCGCCUGGAAACCCACUCCCUUAGCCGCAGUGUACAGCGCCAGCAAGGCCUUCAUGGAUGUAUUCACGCAGGUGUUAAACGUGGAAUACAGGUCUAAAGGCAUCAUUGUACAGAGCAUCCUUCCACUCGUUGUCGACACCUAUAUGGCCAGGCACAUAACAUUCUGGACUCCAAAGAUAUCUCCCGAGGUCUUUGCCCACAAAGCCUUGAACACCGUGGGUUUCACCAGCAGAACCGCUGGGUCUCUCUUCCACAGCCUGCAGCGCAACAUAGAAAGUAUUAUUUUCCCACCAUCCUUGCUGCACACGUCCUAUGGAAUGUGGAUACAUCGGAACAUGUCGAAGGCCCUUUUUAAAUAACGUCAUUACCAUUUCCUGAUGAUUCCUGUGGAAAGGAGCUGGACCAGGACCAGGACCGUACGGAGCAAUCAGGUUGCCAUGUUUGAAGCCAAAUCAUAUGUUGUCGA